CGGCAGCCAGCAAUUUCCUGCCACCAUGAGUGGUCCCCUGGCCUGACGAGCCCCCUCCUCACCCCCCACCCCGGGGCUGAUGCCACCUCAAAGCGGGGCCGGGUGCCUGCGGGGUGGGAUGGUGUGAGCCCGGAGCUGCUCUCCUCCUUCCACGCACCCUGCCAGCCUGCCACCCCUCGGCUGGCGCUGCCAGGAGGCGAAUCCUCCAGCUCAGCCCAGUUCGGCUGCUCUGCCUCCCCCCCUGCCCAGAUGCAGUGGAUAAUUCUCAUGUUGCUGCUAUUCAUCAGCUCCAUGGACAUGCUCCCGCAGCACCGAGGCAAGAAGCAAGCGAGCUCUGGGCUGCUGGAGAACUGCACCGGCUGCGUGCUGUGCUCCGAGGACAACGGCUGCAUCUCCUGCCACCACCGCCUCUUCCUGCUCAUCCGCAGGGACGGCAUCCGCCAGGCCGGGGUCUGCGUCCACACCUGCCCCCCAGGCUACUUCGGCCUCAGGGGCAUGGAGGUCAACAGGUGCACAAAGUGCAGGUCGCCCAGCUGCGAGAGCUGCUUCAGCAGAGACUUCUGCAUGAAGUGCAAGGAGAAGUUCUACCUGCACAAGGGACAAUGCUUCCGGCAGUGCCCCCCCAGCACCGCGGCACAGCCUGGCACCCGCGAGUGCCAAGAGACCUGCGAGCCGGGGCCGUGGAGCCCGUGGAGCCCCUGCACCCACGAGGGACGGACCUGUGGCUGCAAGUGGGGCGUGGAGACGAGGGUCCGGGAGGUAGCAGCGGCCCCCCGGGAGGAGGGCACCCCCUGCCCCGCGCUGCUGGAGACCAGGAAAUGCCGCAUGAGGAAGCACUGCCCGGGAGACAAAAGUGAGCCCAAAACUAAAGGCAAAAAGAGGCAGAAGAAGCCAAAGACAGAGCCACCACACGUGGGCACUUAGUGGCACUGGC